UUGUGUAUGUCAGCACUGCCUGUCUUCCUGUCGGUCUCCGCGGUGAUCUCGCGAUACUCGGGCCGUGUUUAUGUGAGUGUGCCUCCGCUCUGUAGCUGACUCGGCCUGUCAGCGGGAGCUUGUAGCAUACAUGCUGGCCGGGCCUGCGCCUCCGGGGAGCGGCGCUCACUGACGCCUCUCCGGCCCGCAACUCAGCCAUGGCGUCCGACAGCGACACGGAGGAGUUCUUCGAUGCCACAGAGGAUGUGACUCUGUCCUGCUCUCCUGUAGUAUCACCAACAAAGCCGGCAACAUUCACUUUGCAGGAAGAAGUUACCCAUACUGAAAAUUCUGGGACAGUAAUUGUAACCACCGAACCAAAGCAAAAUGACCCAAAAGAGAUUAUUGAGCGCAUUAUUGAAGAAAGUAAAAAAUCCAUUGUCGUAGAUGAAUGCCCUAAUGCAACUGAAAACGUGGUAACGUUAAAUAAUUCAAGCGACUCUGUAGAGACUGAUCCAGCACUUUCGCGGAACAUCCCUAUACUGGUGAUCACUGAAACAACCUUUCACGAUGAUGCAGAAGUACUACGCCAUAAAGAACUUGAUGAAUAUUCGGGGUCAAAACAAAGCGAAACGCAUGACAUCUCAAUCCCUCUCAUUGAACAGUUGGUAGAAACAUCUAAAAUUGUUGAAAUUAUAGAGCAAACAGAAGGUCUCGAAAUCUCAGAAAAGAAAGAAUACAAAGAAAAGGUAUCGGAGUAUGAGGAGCUUAAAGAAAACAAGGAUAAAGAAACUAUGGACUUUGUGCCCGAUGAGACACCUUUUGCUGAAGCUGUAGAGCAGUUACCACCUGCUAAGCCUCCUCGGCAGAUUAAUGUUGAGCCUGACAUAGUAGCAAGCACUAAAAAACCGGGCCCCUCACGUCCCACAGCUCCUUUAAAUGCUCCUCCACCAAGGCCGCCACCACCUGUGAGGCCAGCACCACCACCACGUAAGAAGAAAAAUGAUCCUGACUAUGAGAGCCCAAGAUCUUCAGGUCUAGACUUUACAAAGGAUGGCUUUCUUCCUGGAGAGCUCCUGACCCCAAACGCUAUGGCAGAGGCAUUAAAUAGGGAUUGUCAGCCCUCUCUGGAUCUUGCUAGUGCAACAAGCGGGGAUAAAGUGGUUACUGCUCAGGAGAAUGGAAAGGCAGCGGAUGGUCAGCUGUCCAGUUCGCCAACAGAAAGUUCUGGUCCCCAGAGGCCCCGGUCUAACUCGGGAAGAGAGCUCACAGAUGAGGAGAUUUUGGCCAGCGUAAUGAUAAAAAACUUGGACACUGGAGAGGAAAUCCCUCUGAGUUUGGCAGAGGAGAAACUUCCAACUGGCAUUAAUCCACUGACAUUGCAUAUCAUGAGGAGAACCAAGGAAUAUGUCAGUAAUGAUGCUGCACAAUCUGAUGAUGAAGAGAAGAUGCAACCUCAUCAAACAGAUACAGAUGGAGGAAAAUUGAAGCAGAAAACGACCCAACUGAAGAAAUUUUUAGGAAAAAAGGUGAAAAGAGCAAAACAUCUGGCAGAAGAAUAUGGCGAGAGGGCGGUGAAUAAAGUGAAAAGUGUCAGAGAUGAGGUUUUUCACACAGACCCGGAUGACCAGUCGUCCAGUGAUGAUGAAGGAAUGCCCUAUACCAGACCUGUGAAAUUCAAAGCUGCUCAUGGUUUCAAGGGUCCCUAUGACUUUGAGCAUAUCAAAGUGGUACAGGAUCUGAGUGGAGAACAUAUGGGAGCUGUGUGGACCAUGAAGUUUUCUCACUGUGGGCGGCUGCUUGCCUCAGCUGGACAGGACAAUAUUGUCAGAAUUUGGGUUCUCAAAAAUGCUUUUGAUUAUUUUAAUAACAUGAGGAUCAAAUACAACACAGAAGGGCGAGUAUCUCCUUCACCAUCUCAGGAAAGUCUUAAUUCUUCCAAAUCUGAUACAGAUGGUGGGGCUUACAGUGGAGCAGAUGAUAUGGACUCAGAUGAUAAAAAUGCACCGUUUCGUCCGGUGCCGUUCUGUAAAUACAAAGGACACACAGCUGACCUUCUCGACUUGUCCUGGUCCAAAAAUUACUUCUUACUUUCAUCAUCAAUGGACAAGACAGUUCGUCUAUGGCACAUAUCCAGGAGGGAGUGUCUGUGCUGCUUCCAGCAUAUAGAUUUUGUUACUGCAAUAGCUUUCCAUCCGAGGGAUGACCGAUACUUCUUGAGCGGCUCCUUGGAUGGGAAACUCCGACUCUGGAACAUUCCUGACAAAAAGGUUGCCUUGUGGAAUGAAAUUGAUGGGCAGACGAAGCUCAUUACUGCUGCAAACUUCUGUCAGAACGGCAAACAUGCUGUGAUCGGCACAUAUGAUGGCCGCUGCAUCUUCUAUGAUACAGAGCAUUUAAAAUACCACACGCAAAUCCAUGUGCGUUCCACUAGAGGGCGAAAUAGGGUCGGAAGAAAAAUCACUGGAAUAGAGCCAUUGCCUGGAGAAAAUAAGAUCUUGGUAACCUCUAAUGAUUCAAGAAUUAGGCUGUAUGAUCUAAGAGAUCUGUCUUUAUCCAUGAAGUACAAGGGCUGUGUGAACAGCAGCAGUCAAAUAAAGGCAAGCUUCAGCCAUGAUUAUACGUAUAUUGUUAGUGGUUCUGAGGAUAAAUAUGUUUAUACCUGGAGUACGUACCAUGAUCUAAGCAAGUUCACCUCUGUAAGAAGAGACCGCAAUGACUUCUGGGAGGGUAUAAAAGCACAUAAUGCAGUUGUCACAUCAGCGAUCUUUGCCCCAAACCCCAGCCUGAUGGUACCACCAGAUGUAUCAUCUGAAAAACAAGAAAAACAAGAAACUGACAACAAGGGGGAACAAGGAGAGUCUGUAGAUCACAUACCUUCUGGUGCUUUGAAGUCUGAUCACACAGAAGUGCUCUUGUCUGCGGAUUUCACAGGGGCCAUCAAAGUGUUCAUUAACAAGAAAAAGAACGUGUCUUAAGUCCAAUUGUGAUGGAGGAAAGCUGCAUUGGUAGCCACCAGUAUGAAUAGCAGGAGGUCACACACAUAAUACUGCAGCAGUUGAAGACCGCCCAACAGCAAUCCAGGGUUCAAACAAUGAUCAAUUUCCUUCAGUAAAUAUGUGACCAGAACGUUUGUGCUGCUGAGCAUCUCUCCGAUUUCCCAAUGACCAUAUUUCUGCAAUUUUUUUAAAACUGCUUAUCAAAUUAAGGCUUAACCAUACACAAUACACAGCUAGUGGAAAUGGCUGCUUUUAUUUUUAGUCCUAGCCAUGGGGUGCCACUCUUCAGACAGAAUGGGAUAUUGAAAUUGGUAAAAAACAGAAUGGAGACAUUAGUCUGGCUCCAGCUGCCAUUUUUUUAGUGCCUCUGAUGAAGCAAAAUCCAGCACCUAGCUGCUAU